UGAAAGAAGAAAAAGCAAAAUAAUAGAGUAAUUUUCAUUAACUGUUAUUUCUUUUAAAUUAUUUGAAAGUUUCCUCAUUAGUUAUUAUUUAGUUAAUAAUAUAUGUGCAAAAAAUAUAUUUAUUUCGGUCAAAUGACCGGAACGUGUAUAUUAACGUUAAUUAAACUCAAACAUUUUAUCUGGAUUCAUGUAUAUAAUAUAUGUAAAUAUAAAAUAAAAUUACCUGUAACAUAAAAUAAAAAAUACUUAUAAAAGUCAAAUUAAAUAUUAUAUUCGUUGCAGAUGACACAAUCAAAUUAUCGAAAAUAUUGUCGAACAAUUAUUUGACACAUAAUAUUCAUAAUUUCUAUAAAGAACUUGAUUCAAAGAUUUACAAUAAUUUAGAACAUCAAAACUUGUAUGUGUUAGAUUUGGAUUGUGAUUACGCCACAAAUAUUUUACGACAGGCACAUUCGAAAAGAAUGUUUGUCGCCCCGAUGAAGUGGCUACUUUUUCAAGAUCGAAAAACGAUAAUUGGCAACGAGGAUAAUACCAAUUCAACUUUCACAUAUGAUGACUCUAUAUUGAAAAUCUUCGAUAAUUUGGCAAUUUAUCCUGAUAGCGACGUGAUCAUCGCGAAAAGACUUGACGGCAAUUUUUUUGAAUUAUUGUCCGUAUACCGACCAAGUUCACAACGAGGAGUGAUAUGGGAAAAUCGUGGAAAUUGGACGAUCGAGAACGGUCUAAAAAUGAGAACUCUCGAAGUGGCUUCAGCACGAAGAAAAAAUCUUCAACAGACGGCUCUUAAAUCGUGUCUCGUGGUAACAAACCCAAAUACGAUCAAUCAUCUGACUGAUUUCAAGGAUAAAACCGUAGAUCCUGUUACAAAGGCUAAUUAUCCUUGGAUACUACAUAUAGUGAACAGAAUGAAUGCAACGGUAAGUUUCGAAGUUACAAACAGCUGGGGAUAUCGCACAGAGAAUGGCUCUUGGAGCGGAAUGAUAGGGAUGUUGGAGCGGCAAGAGAUCGAUAUCGGUGGCACCGCCACAUUUCUCGUGCCGGAACGUAUAGGUGUUGUGCAAUACAUUCAAUUGUAUACACAUACUUGCUCACGGUUCGUAUUUCGGCGACCUUUACUAUCGACUAUAAGCAAUAUAUUUAUUCUGCCCUUUCAAAAAAACGUCUGGAUAGCGAUUGCAAUAUUUCUUAUUUUGGUCUUCUGCUUGCUCUAUUUAUCCAUCAAAUGGGAAUAUUAUCGCUAUAAAAUGACAGAAUCGGCAACCUACUGGAAUCAAUUAAAUUCCAACAAACCAACAGUCAGCGAUAAUAUUCUUAUUCUUUUGGGCGCAUUUACUCAGCAAGGACAUUCGUAUGAACCCUACAGAAUUUCGUCUCGAAUCGUCACUUUUAUGUUAUUGUUGGCCUCGCUGAGUCUCUAUGCGGCUUAUACAGCCAAUAUCGUGAGUUUGCUGCAAUCUACCACAGAUUCUAUCAAAACUCUUUCAGAUCUCCUAAAUAGCCCUUUACAACUGGCUGCACAAGAUGUAGUAUACAACAAAUAUUAUUUCAAGGCUUUUCAAGAUCCUAUUAGAAAGGCGAUCCGGGACCGAGUCGAACCGAAAGGACGCAAAUCUAAUUGGAUGCCUAUAGAAGAAGGUGUCUAUCGUCUAAGAAAAGGACUCUUCGCAUUCCAAGGAGAAAUCGGUACAAUUUAUCAAUUGAUGCAAGACACGUAUUUGGAAGAAGAGAAGUGCGGUUUGACUGAGAUCGAUUUCCUAAAAGUUUUAUAUCCGCUUCUCGCGAUACAAGUGCAGUCACCCUACUCAGAGAUAAUAAAAACUGGAGCUCUAAAAUUACGAGAAUAUGGACUCAAAUAUCGUGAAGAGUAUCGUUUGUAUACAAGAAAACCAGUGUGUUCGAGUCAAACCAGCUUUAUCUCUAUCGGUUUCACGGAAUGUCAUUUCGCGUUGGUCACAAUGGGUUAUGGAAUACUCUUCGCUGUAAUCGUGUUGGCGUUCGAGUUAUUGUGGCACAAGAGGCAAACUAUGCGCGCAAUAAAACAGAUGUCAAACGAAGAAAUCAAUACUGUGGAAUACCUUGAUUAAAUGUGUUUUAAAAUAAAUAUAUACUAGUCUAAAAGAGAUAGUUGACUUUUCUAAGUUUUCUACCGCACUAAUCUUUUAAUGACGAACUAUAAUAAUCGAUUGCAAAUUGUCUUAUGUACUAUGUAAUGCACAGACUCCUGUAUAAUGAUAAUCAAUGCUGCCGGCAUCACAAAGAAAUUAAUGUAAUGUAAAAUAAUUAAUGUAAUGUAAAAUAGUUACUAAAUAUAUACAUUAUUCUGUUUUCUCAAUAAAAAUGGUCUCAAUAAGAAUAGUUUUCUUUUAUACAUAAAACAUUGCAAAAUAGAUUGUAAAAUAAAUGCAUGUAAUGUGAUUAAUAUAGUGUAUAAAAUAAGUGUGUCUGAGAGAUAUGCUUUAAUUUAAAAUUUGAUUUAAAAUUUGUUGAUUAAAAAUUUCUCCAAAGAAAAAAGAUAAAAGAACUUUGUUCUUAUGAGGCGUUUUAUCAAAUGUCAUAUUAUAUGAAACUUUUGUAAAUAAUACGUUCAAUGCUUUGAACCUGUCUUCUUGUUCUAGGACAUCACAGAUACAUCACACCAUAAAUAUCUAUAGAUCUGUUCGUGUUGCUUAAAAUUUCCAAAAUUUUUUACACUCAAAACUAGAUAAAUAUACAUUUAAGCAUUGGAAAGAGAGAAAACAAAGAUGUUGAGUGCAAACAACACAAAUAGGUGUAUUUCCUAAAUCGCUAACAUAUGACCAAGAGUUAUUUUGGGCCGGAUAUCCGAUUUGAGGCAUUUUGAAGUCAAGCAAAUGGCAGCAUACAUGAUGUUCUACGUGAUUUUCGUCACUAUUGUUAGAUAAGAUCACGUUUGCGCACUAAUAUAUUUAUUACUGCCAUUUAAUUUCAAUCACACAAGUCUGCUGUAACUAAACCGCAAAUUAACGAUAUAGUAUAAAUAUCUGUGGUCACAUAUAAAAUAUUUAUGAUAAAACAAAGUAAUACAAAAGAGUUAUUUUAUACUCUUGUUUUCUGAUCGUAAUUCAAACAUAUAAAAAAAACUUCACCAAAAUUAUGUACAAAAACGUUAAACUUAACCUAUAGAGAACCGUUUUUGGACGACUUUUUAAUUUUAGUGCUAAGACAUUUUUGUCCUUGUCAAGUAAGUUAAACUACAAAAAAGAUGGCAUCGCUCCAGCGCCUAACAUUAGGCUUCCGAUUCCGAAAAAAUGAGUAGUUAUUUUGUUGGUGUAUUUAAACUUUAUAUUAUUGUUGUUAAAAUAAUUGUUUAACGUCAUUUACAACUAAAAUGUGUUGAAAAAUAUGUAUAAAAAUAGAAUCAUGUCGCACUUUGUGAGAUAUCAGACAAUAAAAUGUCAUUAUACAAAGUAACGUCAAUUUAUUUCAAAAUAGAUGCACAUGUUAUAAUGAAAGAAGUAAUUUUGGCUAAACAAAUAGUGUUUUCGGUAAAUCUAAUUACUUAUAAGCCUAAUAUUAGGUUUCCGGUCCCGGAAAGAUUAUUUUAUUUUAUUUUAUAUUCGUAAGUUUCAUAUCCUUGGAUAUUUCUCAUUUAUUCACUGAUUAGUGUAGUUUUAUUUACGCAUUAUCAAUUCUGUAGUUAUAAUUAAUAAUUGUUAUAAUUCUGUAUUUAUGUAUUAAUGUUAUAAUUAAUAUUUGCAGUAAUGUUAUAUUAUGUUUAAUAAUUAUGUUAAGAAUGUGUGAGUUAAUUCAAAUUCUUUUUCAACUUUUGUUACUAUUAUUCGUUAAAUAAAAAUUUUUCUAUGUGAUCAUAAUAACUCAAUAACUGCUCCCUAUAGUGUUCCAGAUAUAGCGUAUCUUGGAUCAUUUCUUUCUCAAAAAUUAAUCUAUAUUUAUCGAAUGUACUCAAUAAAUGUUAAAAUAAACAUAAUUCUUUAAUUAUAUAGAAAAUAAAAUAAAAAAUCUCUUAGAGCAGAUAGUUUAACAAAUUGAAUCGUUCUCGUGAAAGUCCCUAUUCUAAAAAUAUACUAAAAAUAUAUCUUGGAGAUAUCAGAUGAUUAUAAGUAGUGAUAGGAUCAAGUUUAAUAUAUACUUAAAAAUUCAAGUUAAAUCUACUAAUUAAGUUUUAUUUUCUAUUCAAAAUAAUAUUUUAUAUAUUGUACUUGCGAAAGUAAUCGAUACCGAUUAAUUAUUUAUGAGUUUAAGAAUGAGUACCUAUAUAAUGAUUCAAAAUGUACUUGUAAGUAAUUUCUAUGAUACAAAUCUAAUUUUGAGUAAAAUAUUCAAACUAUAAAUAACUAGAAAGAAAAAAAUUAGUAAAAUAAUAGGUAUAAAGUUUUUAGUAAAAUACUUAAAAAGAAUUUGAACAUAAUUGUUCCAGAUUCGAGUUUCUUUGAACUACUUUUAUUUUCCGAGAUAUUAGAUAAAGGAUUUGAAACAAAUUCAAGCCUACUUGUAGAUACUUAAUUCCUAAUCACUAAUUAUAAACAAGAGAUAACUGGAUUUUAUUUUAUUACAAUUGCGUCGUAAAUUAUGUCGCUACAAAAAUAUGUUGAUAAAUAUUUAUUAACAUAUUUUUGUAGUGAUUGUAUAAAUAAUAUUUGAAAAAUAAUAUAGAUACUUACUUUAAACAGACUGAAAAUCUUAAGGUUUUUAUGAUAUUAUAAAUAUAAUCUUGAAAUCACUUGCCUAUAAAAUACAAUAGAUGAAUCUCACUAGAUACAAUAGCUAACAGUCAAAAUCAGCGGCAAUAGUGAUCUUAGAAUUACACUAUGGCUGCGUUCCGAUAUUCACUGCCAGUUGCUGCAGUACUGAAAAUCUAUAGUUUACGUCACAUAUAUUGUAGAUUUUCAGUAUUAAAAGUAAAUAUCGGAACGCAGCCUAUAUAAAUAUAAUAUAUACAUAUAUAUAUUUUUUUUGUUUUAUAUAUGCUGCUUUCUAUUUAUGUUAAAGUAAGACUGAUUUACUCAGUAAUAUGAGUAUUUUAUACUCAGAUAGUCAUUACUCAAUGAUUUAAAGAAACAUGCAAGUGAUCACACUUAUUUUAAUAACAAAAUUAUCGCAAUAGAUAACCUUACUUUUAAAGUGAGUAUGCGAAACUCAGUAAAGCACUGUCUUAAAAUUGCUCAAAUUGUAAGAAAAAAACUCAGUUGAAUCUCAUUUGUGAGAAUGCAAAAGGAAUGUGCGUUCAAUUGAGUUAUGACAAGUCACAAAUGAGAAUUAUCUGAGUUUUGAUGUAAAUGGAAAGCAGCAAUAUAUAAUA